UGUCAACGUAUCGGGUGGACGGGAAGGGGAAAGAAGUAAAAGUUGGAUUGUGAGUCUUCGCCUUAAAACAAUCGGUUUGACCCAUUCACGCUUGAGUUCAGAAUGAGAAGGAAAUUCAAGCUGUGGUCAAGAUUGCAAAAAUAAUGCAGGACCGCGGCAAAUCAUUCAAGGUGAUAACGCCAUACGAUGCGCAGAGGUCCGCCAUCGAGAAUGCGCUAAAGGACGCUAUGCUGACUUGGAAGGAUAAAUGUUACAAUGUCGACUCCUUUCAGGGAAAUGAGGACGACUAUAUCAUUGUUUCCGUCGUACGGUCUAAGAAGCUCGGUUUUCUCGUAAAUGAACGCCGUGUUAAUGUUAUGUUGACACGAUGCAAGAAGGGAAUGAUUAUAUGCUCUAGCCGCGCUUUCUUAGAAGGAAUUGGCUCCCGGUCUUUGAUCGGAGGAUUGGCAGCGCGGAUGGGCACUAGAUCAUGGGUUGAAUACCAUGAAGUACUAAACGGUAGACUUCCUACAAUUUAGAGUAUUUAGAGUAUAUUCAUAUCGCCGGUAAUUCUUCCGAUAUACUGGAUGGUU